AUGGCCAACCGAUAUGAUUCUGUUAGUGCUUGCAAUGGGAUCCCGACACCUGAAAAGAAAAUCAACUCCUUGGUAGCUGAAGGCCAUGGACAGGAAAUCUUAAAGGUCCUGCAAAGCUUCAGAGAUCAAAACAUCUUUUUCGACUUCAAAAUACUUGUGAAAGAUGAAAUAAUCCCAUGUCAUCGUUGUGUACUAGCGGCAAGCAGUGACUUUUUCAGGGCCAUGUUUGAAGUUAACAUGAAAGAAAGAGACAACGGGAGUGUUACUAUUAGUAAUUUAUCACCCACAGCAGUGACGGCUUUUCUAGAUUAUGCCUAUACUGGAAGGACGGAGAUAACAAAUGACAAUGUAGAAAUGUUCUUUCAACUCUCAUCCUUCCUCCAAGUUUCUCUUCUUUCCAAAGCUUGUAGUGACUUUCUAAUUAAGAGCAUUGAUCUUGUCAACUGCUUGCAGCUGUUGUCCAUAUCUGAAAGUUAUGGUUCCAUUCAGUUGUUCAACCAUGCACUAGGGUUUGCACAACGCCAUUUUUCCUUGCUGUUCCAAACAAACGAUUUCUUGGAAAUGAAUUUUGAGAUAUUGCAAAAAUGUCUAGAAGCUGAUGAGCUGAAUGUCCCAGAUGAGGAACACGUGUUGAAAGCUGUCCUUCAGUGGAUGAAGCAUAACUUAGAAAUGAGACAGAGGCACCUUCCCUUCUUGAUGAAAGCAGUAAAAUUACAUCAGUUGUCCGAGGAGGUGUUGCAGGACUUCUUGCACUCUGAAGAACAGCUGCUUGAAAGCACUGGCUGCCUAGCAGUUGUCAAGGAGGCAAUCAAAUGUGUGCAGACCUUCAGUGGGUUGUUUCCAGACGCUCGGCCAUCAACAACAGAGAAGUACAUACUGGUUCACAAAACUGAGGAAAAUGGUGUAUUUCGACAUACGUUUUGCUAUAAUAUUCAAACUGAUAAAUGGAAAGAAUUGAUGCAUGCACACAUAAUUGAUCUCCCAGGAUCAAGUUUAUCUAGUUAUGGUGAAAAAAUAUUUAUAACUGGGGGAUGCAAAGGGAAAUGCUGCCGGACGAUAAGACUUCAUAUUGGUGAAACGUUUCAUGAUGCCACCAACCAAACUUGGUAUUACUGUCCAGCAAGUGACAGCAUCUCAUUAGUAUCUCCUAUGAAAAAGCCAAGAACAAUGCACACAUCUGUCGUGACCCUAAAUCAGUUGUUUGUGAUAGGGGGAAAGACGAGGGCAUCUCAGGGAAUGAAAAGCCUUUUGGAUGUGGAAGCAUACAAUCCUCUCUCUAGAGAAUGGAAAUCUGUGAGUCCUUUACCAAGAGGCAUCUAUUACCCAGAAGCAAGUGCCUGUCAGAGUAUAAUUUAUGUACUUGGCUCUGAAGUAGAAAUUACUGAUGCUUUUAAUCCAUCUCUUGAUUGUUUCUUUAAGUAUAAUGCUGAAACUGAUCAGUGGUCUGAGCUGGUAGCAGAAUUCGGGCAAUUCUUUCAUGCAACGUUAAUCAAGGCGGUUCCAGUGAACUGCACGUUGUACAUCUGUGACCUUUCUACCUACAAAGUUUAUAGCUUUUGUCCAGAUACUUGUGUCUGGAAAGGGGAAGGCUCUUUCGAAUGUGCUGGUUUUAAUGCAGGAGCAGUUGGAAUAGAAGAUAAAAUUUACAUCCUUGGUGGCGAUUAUGCUCCCGAUGAAAUCACCGACGAAGUACAGGUCUACCACAGCAGUAGGUCUGAGUGGGAGGAAGUUUCACCCAUGCCAAGAGCUUUAACUGAAUUUUAUUGCCAGGUGAUUUGGUUUAAUAAAUAUAGGGACCCAUGGUCAUUUUCAGUAGAAUAA